AGCUAUUACUUAGCGAUUAAAUUAAAAUUUGUCAUUUUGAUAAAACGACGCCAAUCCAUCCUGUACUGGACUCAUGAUCGGUAUGAUUUUCACACACCCUCAAUUGGACCCAAACAUCCACCCACCAGCCUUUUCCAAUCGCAACAAUGACGUCAGUGUGCAAAAUACCCAAUCCCUCUGGUGAUUCCAACCGGACGCGCAAUGGUUUAUUCAACGGCAAAUGGAAUUCGCACCAACACGCGCCCGUACGCACGCACGCACUCACGCACCGCCAGCAAGGGGGACGACGUGACGUCGCUUUAAAGGGGCGAGCUCACUACGGCCCCGUUUGUGACCAGCAUUAGGAAACAGUUACUCAAUAUGUUUACCUCGUGCCGGUAGGCUUGUUUGUUUGGUUUCGUUUCGGUGUCGGUGUGGCAGGGUGUUUUGUUCCAUGGCCAUCAGGCGACAAAACAAACUGUGCCAGCAGCUUGCGACGCCAUUCAACCAGCUCAUUCCGGGAUGUGAAUGCUGGGCUGGGAUUUUCCCAACUAGUACCGAGUAAGCAGCGGUGUACAAACGAACCAGCUGAUCGAUCGAGCGAUCGAUCGAUAGGGUGAAAAUUCCGGCGCUUUCUAUUUUCCCACCCCGGCCGGCCGCUAUUUCCGCAAGUUGCCGCUUGAUUGCCCACUCCCACCGUUUGGUGACAGUCGGACAGACGCCUGUCAACCACAAAUCAAUGUACACUAAGUCCGGUGAAGCAAUCGCUAAAUGGCAACAUCUAAAGGCCCCCGAAAACCGAAAGCGCAUAAUGUGAUUCACCUCACAGUGUCCGGUCAACGGCCGGUGUGGUGACCGUGCAGCAUACACCCAUGUCCCAGCAUAUCCCACCCAAACAAACAUGCCAAACGGUGUGCCCCUACCCGCGAGUCGGUUCGUCGCUUGAUGCAACGUUGCGAUCGUUUGGUUUUGCGGUCGUACAAGCGUUGCAGUCACCGGGUGGAGGGAAAGGGUAGCAGCAGAGCACUUCUCAUACCGGUUUGUGAGGCGCGCGCUCUCGUGCUGUCGUCAUCACUUUUUUUUCGUUUUGUUAAAAAGUGGGUGCUUUUGUUACAACCGUUACGCCGCAGCAUCCGUGACGUGUGGUGUCGAUCGCGAGCGCAAACAAAUAUAAGACCGCACGGCACGGACGGACACGAGCUCAGUAGCAAAAGUGAACCGUGCCCGAACGGAACGGAAAAGAAAACAAAUUAGAAAAAAGUGUGCUUAAAGUGACUGUCGUGUGGAAUUUCUCUGAUCGGAAGUUCGCAGCAGAAAUCGUAACGUGCAAAGAGGACGUGAACAUUACUACAACCGCUCAGUACAAAAUGAUGAUGUGCCGGAAAAGAAACACCACCCAGCCACGGGUGUCACUCACAGUGGCCAGUGUCCUACUUUUCGCCAGUGUUGUGCUACUCUCCCUACUGCCCGAACCAUCCGUCGCCCAACCGAUCGAUAUGCUCGAUCAAAUCGGUUCAGAAAGUCGACGAAUGUUCUACAAAAUGCUCGAAUAUCUGGGCGACUACGACGAGCUGGAGGACGACGGUGGGCCCCAGGAGCGGGAAGAAAACGGUGGCUCGCUGCCGCUGCAAACGAGCAAUCGGGUCGAGGCGGCCGGACGCGACGAGCAGUGCAAGCUACCGCCUCGCCGGGGAGUGUGCCGUGCGCUUCUACCCCGCUUCAGAUACGACCCAGCGCAGAAGGAAUGCAUCGAGUUCAAAUUCGGAGGCUGCGACGGCAACGCAAACAACUUCAUGUCCUACAAGCAGUGCAUGGAGGCCUGUAAAGGAGUCUAGGCAGUGUGAGAAAGAUGCCAUUGAACCGGUGUUUGUGCUCGGUUCUGGAACUUCUUCAAUCUUCUAAGAACUACCCGUUCCCCCCCCCCCCCCC